AUGUCGUCCUUUGUUGUCCCCUUCACAGCCACCAAUGGUCAACAACUCGAAUUGAACACUGGUCUCUUUAUCAACAAUGAAUUUGUGCGUGGUGGAAGUACAAUUGAUACUAUCAAUCCGGCUACUGGCAAAGUGAUUACUGCAGUGCAAGCUGCCGAGAAAGAACAAGUAGAUCUUGCUGUUGCUGCUGCAAGUGAAGCUUUCAAGGAUUGGCGAUAUGUCAAUGCUCGCGAACGGUCACGUUUAAUGCAUAAGCUUGCUGAUCUUGUCGAGCGUGAUAGACAAGAGCUCGCUCUUAUUGAAACCAUCGAUAAUGGCAAGCCUCUCAAGAAUGCUCUCAUGGAUGUUGGUUCUGUUGUACAACAGCUUCGAUACUUUGCAGGCUUUACUGAUAAGAUCCAUGGUAAAGUGAUCGAGACAGAAGGCAAGUUGUCCUAUACGCGUCAUGAACCCAUUGGUGUAUGCGCUGGUAUCAUCCCAUGGAACUUCCCCUUGACAAUGCUCUCGUGGAAGGUGGCUCCUCCUUUGGCAACUGCCAACACCGUGGUCAUCAAAACAUCAGAGCUCACUCCACUAUCGGCUCUCAAGUUUGCUGCGCUUGUCAAAGAAGCAGGGUUCCCUCCAGGUGUUAUCAACAUCAUUACAGGCUAUGGUGCUGUCACUGGUGAUGCAUUGGCUCGUCAUCCCAAUGUCGGCAAGAUCGCAUUUACGGGUAGUACCGCUGUGGGUCGUGAAAUCAUGAAGGCUGCUGCUGAAUCCAACUUGAAAAAGGUGACACUUGAGCUGGGUGGCAAAUCGCCUAAUAUCAUCUUCGACGAUGUGGAGGAUUUGGAUAAAGCCGUGUUUUGGGCAUACAAUGGCAUUUACAUGAACGCAGGCCAAGUAUGCUUUGCCGGGUCACGCAUCUAUGUACAAGAAGGCAUCUAUGAUACGUUUGUGUCCAAAUUCCAUGCACUCGCAGCUGCUCGUAAGGUUGGCAACCCAUUGCAUUCAACGACAGAACAAGGCCCACAAAUUUCUCAGCGUCAAUUUGAUCGUGUCAUGGGUUAUAUCGAAGCUGGCAAAAAAGAAGGUGCUACAUGCUAUUUUGGUGGUAACCGUGUUGGUGAUACUGGUUACUUUAUUGAGCCAACUAUCUUCACAGAUUGCAAACCCGAUAAUUUGAUCAUGAGGGAGGAAGUAUUCGGUCCAGUGGUUGCUAUUUCCAAAUUCAAGUCUACAGAAGAGGUGAUUGCAUCGGCCAAUGAUACCCAUUAUGGUCUUGGUGCUGCUGUGUUCACCGGCAACAUUACAACUGCUAUCAAAGUCUCCAACGCCCUUGAAGCUGGCUCAGUCUGGGUCAACUGCUAUGGUCUUGUGGAUGUCAAUGCACCUUUCGGUGGUUACAAGCAAAGUGGUAUUGGACGUGAAUGUGGCGAAUACGCUCUCGAGAACUAUUACCAGGUCAAAUCCAUCAAAAUCAAUGUCUCCUUAUAA